GACCCAGAGAUGAACUGAAGCCAUGAUUAGUUUCUUUGGAUUUGGCCAAAGUGCCGACAUUGACAUCGUCCUUGACGGUCAAGAAUCAAGAAAAACUGCAGAAAUCAAAACAGAAGAUGGUAAAAAAGAGAGGCAUUAUUUGUACUAUGAUGGUGAGACAGUGUCUGGCAAGGUUAAUGUUACCUUGAAGAAAGCUGGAAGCAAGUUGGAGCAUCAGGGUGUCAAAAUAGAGUUUAUUGGUCAAAUAGAAUUAUACUACGACCGAGGAAAUCACCAUGAGUUUACAUCCCUGGUGAAGGAGUUGGCACGGCCGGGUGAUAUGACCAGUAGCACAACUUACCCUUUUGAAUUUUUACAAGUAGAAAAACCAUAUGAAUCUUACACAGGUGCUAAUGUAAGAUUACGCUACUUUCUACGAGUAACAAUAGUUAAGAGGUUAAGCGACACAGUUAAGGAACAGGACAUCAUAGUGCACACAUUAUCACAGUAUCCCGAGAUGAACAACAGCAUAAAGAUGGAGGUUGGAAUCGAAGACUGUUUACACAUAGAAUUUGAAUACAACAAAUCUAAGUAUCAUUUAAAAGAUGUAAUAGUUGGAAAGAUAUACUUCUUGCUAGUUCGAAUAAAAAUCAAGCACAUGGAAAUACAGAUUAUCAAGCGUGAAAGCACUGGCACAGGGCCAAACACAUACAAUGAAAAUGAAACUAUAGCCAAGUAUGAAAUCAUGGAUGGAGCUCCAGUGAAAGGGGAAUCAAUACCUAUCCGACUGUUCCUGAGUGGAUAUGAGUCUACACCCACUAUGCGGGAUAUCAACAAGAAGUUUUCUGUACGAUACUAUCUUAACCUGGUCCUGGUGGACGAGGAGGAGAGACGAUACUUCAAACAACAGGAAAUCACAAUAUUCCGGCGUGCUGACAAAGGACGGAAAGGUGCAAUGGGUUACCUACAACACAAGUCAAAUAAUGUUCCUGUGGGUGUUACGCCUACAACUCAGACUGUGGCAAGUGAUGGCAAGGGAACAGAUGCCCCACAAGAAUAACGCCCUUGACCACGCCCAAUCAUCUCAUUGUGUAUAGGACCUUACAUGGCUGUUGCCAUUGAGAUAGUGUUGUGGCUUGUUUCAUCCUGGACUAGUUAAAUCCAGUUACUGACCAUGGUCAGUUGUCAUACUCAUCCCUCUAAGGACCUGAUGAAUGUUAGUCCUGCCACAGGAACAAGAUGAAGACGAUUUAGCAGUUUCUUCAGGGGACGGUUACACCAACUUUCAAAUUAUAACUUUUCAGUAACUCCUUAACCACAAAUUAAAAAUUAAUAGUAUUUCAAAUUUUAAACUUGUUUACAUUUUCAAGUACGUUGUGUACAGUGUGUAUAGAAGACACUUACUUCAAAGGAAAUUGGCCAAUUGCUUUGUUUAUGAUUAAGUCAUCCAUAAGGUUCUUUUUUUUUCAAAAGUCAAAUUGAACUGACUUUGUCAGUAUUUAAAAAAUCUGCUUGUUCUAUUUUGCAGAAGUUUGAGGGUUUGAACAAUUCCAAUCCUCAUACUGAAAAAUUAGGCAGGGAUGUGUGAGGUUAAUGAGGAUUAGAAUCCAAAAGUUAGAAUUUCAUAUUAAUUUUUUUUUCUUUUCUGUUUUUUUUUUUUUUUUUUUUAAAUAUGUGAGAAUGAAUUGGAAUAUCUCCCAAUCUCUUUAGGUGAAUGUGUGCCUAGUUUGAAGAGGGGAGACAAUUCUAUUGAAUGUUUGGUUGUUUGCUGGUUUGUGGCUCUCAGCACUGGAUGGAGUAUCAUGAGGUCCUAGUCAUUGAUUAUUGUGUGUUGUCAGCCUUGGACAUCAGAUUUAGAAAAGCACAUGUCUGUUGAAUAUCAUUGCUAUCAUGUUGCAGGUUUUUCAAUAUAUCCUUAUCUAUAGCUACAAUAUUUUGAGACACAAAAGCCAGCAGAAUUGUCAGAUAAAUGAAGUUUAAAUUGAUUCAGCAUUUUCAUAUCUGACAGUUUUGACAGCGUUUCAGUAAAGAAGGGUAGAGGUGUACUUUAACAGUAAUGUCUAUGUCUUUUUGCUGGAAUCGUUGUCAAAAAAAUAUUUGGUUUCUGGAAAUUUUGAAAUUUUGACCUCUGAAAAAUAGCUCUCAAGAAUUCAAAUAGCUGUACUUGUUUUGUGAUAUAACAUAGAAAAUCUAGUGCUGUGGUGAAUACUAUUUGUUGAAUAAACACAAAUCUUUGUACAAAAUGUAUUAUAUGAUUGUAGAUAUGCUGUUGAAUAAUAUGUUGUCCAAUACAUAUUUAAUAACAAAUCACAUAAAACGCUAUUCUAUUUAACUGCAUUGAUCGGGCAAUCCAUAAAUUUGUAUAUUAAUUAGGUUAACAAAUGAAUUCUGGUCUCGUUCAGAACAGCUGACAUGCUAAGGAUUUGACAUGUGAUGCAGUCCUCUAAUUACAGUGAAAGGGCCUGUCUAGUCACUGCCUGGAGGUUUCUAAUCAUAGGUUGAUUGUACCUGUAUUUUCACAUAAGACAAUUGCUGUAUUUCAAAAAGUGCUGUUCAGUAAUAAGCCCAUGCAGAACAUGUGGGACUUACAAUGUAUGUUACAGUUAAGAAGAAUUGCCGGAAAGUGCUGAAUUUUUUUAAUUUUUUUUUGUUCAGCCCAGGGCUUAUCCAUUCAUAAUUAAAUUAUGAUGAUUGAACCAGGGGGCUUUCUGUAUCUACAUGAUAGAUACAGCCAUGUUUGUCUAACACUAUUUUAAAAACAUCGAAAUUGAUUUCUCUCUGAAGUAUAAAAUCUUAAUGAAAAUGGUAGCAUCUCUGCAGCUUUUUUUGUGUAAAAAAGACUGACCAUUAUGUAUAUUAAAUGAAAGGGAAAGCAUAUAACAGCUUUUUAAUGAAAGGCAAAGUUUAUUACAUAUAUUUAGUUGAACGGCAAGUGUAUUACAGCUGUUUAGUUGAAGGGCAGGUGUAUUACAGAUAUUUAGUGGAAAGGCAAGUGUGCUACAGCUGUUUAGUGGAAGGCCAAGCAUAUUACAGCUGUUUAAUGGAAAGACAGGUGUAUUACAGCUGUUUAAUGGAAAAGCAGGUGUAUUACAGUUAUUUAGUGGAAGGCCAAGCAUAUUACAGCCAUUUAGUGGAAAGACAGGUGUAUUACAGCUGUUUAGUGGAAGGGCAGGUGUGUUACAGCUGUUUAGUGGAAAAGCAGGUGUGUUACAGCUGUUUAGUGGAAAAGCAGGUGUAUUACAGAUAUUUAGUGGAAAGACAGGUGUAUUACAGCUGUUAAGUGGAAGGGCAGGUGUGUUACAGCUGUUUAGUGGAAGGCCAAGUGUGUUACAGCUAUGCAAUCGGGAAAUAAUCAGAAAUUUAAACUUGUUUCCAUUUGUAUCAAAAAAUUAUUGGCUGUAUUAUGUUAAUGAUCUUAACUUUGAUGGGUCUGAAUUAAAAUGGAUUUGUUGCACGAUUUUAGAAUUUUCUUGGCAAUUCUAUAAGAGUCAUAUGUUUCUCGGUGUUGGUAUUGAAAAGAGGUUUUACAUAUAAAAUGACCUUCAGGUAUUUAGAUAUUUAGCAUCAUCUGUAGAAAAAUAUGAAAGCUCAUUUAAUAUCAAAUUUUCAUGUAAUGAAUUAUUAAUAGUGCAUCCCUAUAUCUGCUAAUAUCUCGACCAUCUUGCCCCAAGUGAUAGAGUUUAUGUACUGAUGUCUGAAAUGAGGUUGACCUUAGAAAUCAUGCUAGCAAGAUUCGUUUGCAUAUGUGAUUUAAGAUAUGGUGUGUGGAACUUCAGUCAUUUUUAGGUAAAUGAAUUGUAUGCUUAAUGGACAAUGAUAUCUUAUGUGUGAUGAUCAUUUUCUCUUUGAAAGUUUAUAUGCAUGUGAUACUCACUAUAAAACUAUUAAUAAUCCCAGUACACUUUUCUUCAAUAUAUAUUACUUUGUGAUUGUGCAAUAGAUGUAUGUUAGAAUAGAAACAUUUACCUAUAAUUUAUGAUUUGUUCAGUCGGCUGGAUUCUUUUCCAAAAUACUUGUUGCUGAGGCUGUAGACAUAACAUAUAUCUGCCAUACUUUUGCCCCUUGUCAUCGCUUUUCAUAAUAUAAAUGUAAAUGUUUUAAUUUCAGCGACUACCUUGUCUCAAUUGUUGAAUGGUUUAGCGUGAUGGGGUUUGGGGUGGUGAUUUUUUGGUGAGGCAGUCAAAACAUCAGUCGAUAAAACCAGUCUAAACAUUAUCUCUGGUUUGGUGGUUAAUUUCAUUGUUUACUUUAGAGUAUUUUCAGCUGCUUAGGCUGAAGCUAUAAAUUAAAUUCUCUCUUUAUCUGUACGUGACACAUGUAUUAAGAUGUGUUAGAAUGAAGGUUGACAUGUAUCAUUGUUUUAUUUCAGAAUGAGUGAAGAUAUAUUUAAGGCUUUAGUGAGAAUGUGUGAAACAUUUUGGUCAGUACACUGCAGUUGUGACCAAUCGCAGGGAUUAUUAAUGAAAAAUAAUCCAUUUGAUCGCGUUGUAGGUUCUGCUACACAAAGUAACAAGAAUUCUGUCAUCUUAUAUCAAUAUUGAUAUUUUGUGUUGUAUUAAUUUUGAGAUACAAAUGAGAGAAACUCUUUUUCACACUGGAUAAAUGUGUUUGGUGAUGUCAAACAGAUAUUACUGCUAUAAAUAGACAUUGGGUAGUUCAGCACUGCAAUGGUAGAAAAGGUGUGAGAAUAACUCGAGAUGAAAGAUCUAAAUAUAGAACAGAAAUUCUGAUCUGUGUGGUUUUCAUGUUGCAACUGAUGCAUAAAGAACAACAUGUAUUUUAGACCAUCAUAAACUUUUGCAGCAUGGCUCAUAAUUUACAAACUUCUAGGAUAAAGCAUUACUAAUCCGGAUGAAAAGUGAUACAUGGAGAUUUCAUUUAAAGAUAACUGCAACAAGAUUCGACUAAUGCCAAAUUUUGUGUAUUAACAUUUCUUUAUAUUUUGAGUUGUGGCCCUUUAAUGAUUUUUGAUAUCGAAGGACCGUAGGAUACGGUUGGGAGCCAGAAUUUUCUUUGACCUGUUUGUUAAAGGUAAAUAAAUAUCUCCAUAAGAAACAUUACUACAGACGAGGAAAUUGUCCCUAAUUUAUAUCCAAACUUGUCUGGGAUUCCCAGAGCUGAAAAUAGUUGGAGCACCAGGACAAGAGGGUAAAGAUGUUGUAUAAAAUAUUAAUGCUAUUCACUGAAAAGUGCAUAUACAGAUUAUACUGUAGCAUAGACUUGAUCCGAAUUACUCUGAUACCCUAUCAACUUAAAAUUUCAGUCUAGUGUCGAUGAACGACACGGGACAGAUAUCAGAAAGUUGACAGAACCUCAGAAUAAUUUAGACUUGGAUAGACAGAACAUUCCGGAUGAAAUAUUUUUUGUGUUUAAAUGUAUAGAAAGUCCGUUUAACUUUUAGCUUACUCUCACAAGAACCUGUUACAUUUUAAUGUGGAUUAAAACCUGGAAAAGCUUUAGCAAACCAUUUGUUUUGUUGUUUCUGACGACGGAUUCUGAUGUAGCGGGAUCUUGUGAUAAUUGUCUGUAAAUAAUUCUAGCAGGUAUUUGUACAAAGUCGUAGUCAUGUUUAAUAUUAGACUUAUGGCUAAAACUAUGAACUUCCUUCACAAGUGAUAAGACCAAUAUGUCUAUGUUAAAUUUUGCUUUUAACCUUUUACUUUUUGGCGGCUUUAGCCAAUUAGGAAUCAUUUCCGUAUGUAGAUGCUGAUUGGUCGAUAUGUUUGACAAUGCUGAAUGUAAAUGAUCCACAUUUCUUUAUCCUAUUUGUGUGCUAGAUCAUUGCUAUGUCCAUUUUUCUAUCAUUUUUCCAUAUAUUCUCUCUCUUCACUUAUAAAGUUGUACAUGCACAAUUUUCAGCCAGUUCAAAUUAAAACUAUUUUGUACAGCUGUUCAAUUUUGGCGUCUUCAAAAAAUUGUAGUGAUAAUGUUUUCGUAUUAAGGCUAUUUGUAUUGAGUGAAGCAAACUUAAGUAAAAGCUUUGAUUUUACUUAACAAAUGUGGACGUGUGUGAGAGAUAUGGCUGUGAUAGUAUAUUACAGAUAGGCAGAAAGUAGGAGAGAAGAAAUGUGCUGCGGUUGUAUUUAUUUACCACCCUGGGUGAAUGCAUGUAUGUAAGAUGGGUGAAAUGAUAGUUAGUAUUGAUGUUUAACACUUAUUGCUGUAAAAAUAUGUUAGCAAUAAUCCAAACAGAAGAUAUGUGAUGAAUUUGUUACAAAUUAAAAAAUGUCACUUCUACUCCAGAAUAUUUAAUUGUUUUCACUUGUAACAUUAGUGAUCGGUGUCACAUUGUAUUGUGUGUGUGUUAUAUACUAGUAUGUUUGUAUAAUAUAUUGUUCUCCAAGUCCUCGCUAAAUCAUUCAGUGCUCCAACGAAAAUACUUUUCAGUUCCAAGCUUGUUAUCUGUAAUGUUGAACGGUUUAACAGUGUGUCUGUAAAUUGUCAUUGGUCUACUGCUUCAAUAGAUUACAAAAAUUAUAUAUUACCAUGAGAACAAAAACUAGAUAUAUAAACCAGUAUACUGGUAUAUGGCUUUUGUAAAAUUGAGAGCAUUGCAAAUAUUGGUAAUCAAAUUUGCACUGCACUUUAAAAAUUGUUUACUCAAAUUUAGUAUGUAAAUAGUGUCCAUAUAUUUGACGUUAUCAGGAAACUUAGCAAAAUACUUCCAGUCAAGAUUAUCAAAUAACAAAAUAUGAAAUUGUGGUCGUGUAGAGUUUUGAAAACCCAGAAGUUAUAUAUGUUGUGUAGUUUGUGUGUUCUGAGGUCUGUAACUGGCGUGCGUGAUGGAUGUGUAUGUUAAGUAGUCAACCACUACUGAUUUAAUAUGUUAGUUUAUCAAGAGAAAUUGUAUACUUCUCAUCAGUUUGUGAUAAAGGUUUGCAACAUAACAAAAUAAAUGAAAACAGAAUAUUA